UCGGAUAGCAACACUUUAAUAGAUCAGAGCUAGCAAAAUCAAUUGUUUACUGAUACGAUACGAUAACGCACCCUUUACUAGAAGAUUGUUGCCGAGAUAUAUCCGAGAUCGGAUACAGUUUUGAAUACCUCACAAGGAUGGCCUCAGAAAACCUAGACGAACACCGAGCGAGCGCCCACGAUGCUACUAUGAUAGCCCAAACGCGAAUACUACGCGCAUCAUGGUCCAAGACAUUGCGUCUGCCAAAGUCGGAUUUCCCCGCUCGCCCUUUACCUGCCACGAUCCCAAAAUAUCUCCGCCGGUGCACCGAUGAGCUGUAUGCAUGGCAGCAGACCACACGUUCGAAGCCAGACGAGAAUGGCAAAUUGCCGGACACAUUCACAUUACAUGAUGGACCGCCAUAUGCAAAUGGACCCUUGCAUAUUGGCCAUGCACUGAACAAGAUCACCAAGGACAUCAUAUGUCGGUCGCAGGUUGCACAGGGCAAGAGAGUGAACUACAUUCCUGGAUGGGAUUGUCAUGGAUUACCCAUUGAGAUCAAGGCAUUGCAGGCGCAAAAGAAAGAUGCCGCAAAUACUGAUGCUGUGAGCGUAAGGGAAGCUGCACGGGAGCUCGCGACACGAACGGUGGACGACCAGAUGAGAGGCUUCAAAGAGUGGGCAGUGAUGGGUGAUUGGAACAACGCAUAUAAAACCAUGUCAAAAGAGUUCGAGAUCAGACAACUGGAAGUCUUCAAGGAGAUGUUUGAGAAGAACCUAAUAUACCGUCAGUUCAAGCCGGUUUAUUGGUCCCCAUCGUCGAGAACAGCGCUUGCAGAAGCAGAGCUUGAAUACGAUGAGAAUCAUACAUCUCAGGCUGCUUAUGUGAGGUUUCCAGCUACACUUUCAAAGGAACUCGAGAUGAGGCUUCGAAAUAAGAUCCAUGGUCCGGUAAGCGUAGUCGUCUGGACCACCACGCCCUGGACGCUUCCUGCCAACAAAGCCAUUGCUGUAAAUAAUGGUAUGGAGUAUGCUAUCAUCCAGGACCCUGAACAAGGAAAUGAGCUCUCCAUCGUUGCUACAUCUCGGGUAGAUCACUACAAGGCGAUUCUAGAGCAUGACGUGCUCGUGAUUGUGGACGGUCUUCGUGGAUCUGAUCUAGCCGGACAUCUACAUUACAUCAAUCCAUUCCAGAGGGCGAACGGCCCACAGCCAGUCAUCCACGCAGAUUUUGUCACCGACUCUUCUGGCACGGGACUUGUUCAUACAGCUCCGGGCCAUGGUAUGGACGAUUACCACGUGUGCGCCUCGUUAGAUAUUCCUGCAUUUGCCCCGGUUGACGAUACGGGGGCUUUCACUAAGGACGCAUUCCCAGAGCAACCCGAAUUACUGGAAGGAUUAUCUGUACAAGACGAGAAGAGCACCGGUACACAAGUUAUACUUGCAUACCUAGAGAAGCUAGAUCUCCUCCGUGCAACCCAGGCCUUUCGCCACAAGUAUCCUAUUGACUGGAGAACCAAGAAGCCCGUCAUUGUAAGAGCUACCGAGCAAUGGUUCGCCAACGUGGAUGGUAUCAAGCAUGGAGCCAUGAGAGCUAUCGAAAAUGUGAACUUCCUCCCAGAGGUUGGUCGCUCAAGACUGGAGAGUUUUAUCCAAGGCCGAAGUCAAUGGUGCAUCUCCAGACAACGUGCCUGGGGCGUUCCUAUCCCUGCUCUGUAUACAAUUAUUGAUGACAAGCCAAAGGCCGUCAUGGACGCCGAUACUAUUGAUCAUAUUAUCGAGGUUAUUAAGGUACGCGGGAUAGAUGCUUGGUGGACCGACAGUCCAGAGGACCCAGCCUGGAAACCUAACCAUUUAUCUGGUGAUUUCACAAGAGGCAAGGACACCAUGGACGUUUGGUUUGAUAGUGGAACCAGCUGGAAAUUGUUACCAGAAAACGCCGGCGUGCCAAUCGCUGAUGUCUACCUUGAAGGUACUGACCAGCAUCGUGGCUGGUUUCAAUCUUCACUUUUAACGUAUGUUGCCACCCAUUCCUCUGAUGCUGACGAAAUAAAAGCUCCUUAUAAGACAUGCAUCACGCAUGGCUUCACCUUGGAUUCUGAUGGGCGCAAGAUGAGUAAGAGCCUUGGGAACGUCAUUUCGCCCUCCCAGAUCAUGUCUGGUGAGCUACUUCCUCCGAUCAAGCGCAAGAAGCAGAAGGGGGUCAAGGAUCAUGGGAAGGCCGGUGUUCCAUCUUACGACGCAAUGGGCUCGGAUGCGCUUCGGCUGUGGGCCGCAAGUAGCGAUUAUACUCGUGAUGUCACCAUUGGGCAACCAGUAUUAUUGUCAGUCAAUCAAGCGCUGCACAAAUAUCGUGUCACUUUCAAAUGGAUCUUGGGCAUACUAUCACUCCCGAAUAGCCAUCCCAAUUUCGGUUCUUUUGGUGAUAUCCGCUCGAAAUUAUUCUCCGACGCUCCAUCAACUACUCUUUUAACCGACAAGCUUGCAUUGCAUCGUCUGAACCAAGCGAGUAGAGAAGUACACGAGUAUUACACCAAAUAUGAAUUCUUCAAGGGUGUAAAUGUUAUCAACCGAUAUAUCAAUAAUGACCUUUCGGCAUUCUAUUUCGAGACACUGAAGGAUCGUAUAUAUACUGGAGCCAAGGCAGAUUGCCAACAUCUGCAGGGUGUACUUGGAGUCAUCUUUUACGAGCUGCUACAGAUGCUGGCGCCGAUAUGCCCUCUUCUUGUUGAAGAAGCGUGGGACUUUGUCCCGGAAAGGCUGAGGAAAGAUUCCAUCCAUCCUGCUCGAGCACAAUGGCGUGCACCAGAUUGCACUGCUCCGGACAACAAUUCUGUCCAGCAUUAUUCGGACCAGCACAAUGUGUAUCUCUCCUACAUCAAUACCCUCGGUACCGCCAUCAAAGCAUCCCAAGAACGUCUGCGCGCAGACAAGAAAAUUGGAUCGUCCCUUGAAUGCCGAGUCCUCAUUGGUAUGUCUGAAGGCGACCAGCCAAAUGGCGAUUCUCGUCUGAAAGACUUCUUCGCUGGUUCGGCACCCGAAUCACCCACUGGAAAUGCGGAGCUCGCGGGCCUUUUCGUUGUCAGCAAUUUUGAGACUCGUUCCCUCGCGGAAAUCGAUGACAUCGUUGUUAGUCUAAAAGGACAGGAAAACGAAUGGUGGGCGAUAGAGACGUUGAGGAUCGACAACCAUGAAGUGAAAAUAUUAGUCCUCAAACCAGAAGAUCAUAAAUGUGUAAGAUGUUGGAGAUUCGUAGCACCUGCGCCAGAGACACUGUGCCGGCGAUGCGAAGACGUUAUCAGGGAUGAAGAAAUGUAAGAUUCCCCGUGUAUUCGGAGUAAAUCAUGAAAGUGCAAUGCAAGACUGGUUCUAGAGGUAGACUUUGUAUAAUAGAAUAGCGCUGUCUUGUACA